CUGAUAAGGUUUUUUGUCCUUCCCUCUCCGCCGCUCUUUCCGUCCCAAUUCGUCUCUCCGGACUCCUUCGCAAUCCGACCUUUUCCUGCGCUCCCUCACUCGCCCCUUCCACCCUUUCUCCACACCGUCCCCCAGAUCCUUCGCUCUCCUCUCCUUCCCAUGGUCUCAAUUCCCUGCAACUAUACCGUGGCUGCUCGCCGCCCCAAGUUCCCUCUCCUCCCCAAGCGCCACGUCUGGAACACCUUUCCCCGAGCUCCACCCUCCAGAUGCCGAGUUCUUCGCCACCCCAUCAACGUCAUUGGCGCCAGUUCCGCCUCUUUUGAUCCUUCCGAGCAGCAGCAGCGGCAGCUGAGGACCUUGUUUCCCGGUGGCUUCAAGCGGCCGGAGAUAAAGGUGCCGACUUUGGUCCUCCGACUAAGAGCCGAAGAGGUUCUUAGAAGGGAAGGCUCUAUUGCCGAGAUCGAUGUGGCGGUGGCCAAAGGAGUGGGGAUGGUGGUGCUCGAUUGCGGGGAUGAAAGUGGCGGCGGGCUGUAUGAGGCAGCUUGUAGGUUGAAGUCGGUGAUUGGGGACAGAGCUUAUUUUCUUAUCGCCGAGCGUGUCGAUAUCGCAGCCGCUGUGGGUGCAAGCGGGGUGGUGCUAUCUGAUAAGGGUAUUCCUGCCAUUGUUGCAAGGAAUAUGAUGAUGCAAUCCAAACCGGAUUCUGUAUAUCUCCCUCUAGUUGCAAGGACAGUGCAGACUGCAAACUCUGCAAUUAGUGCAUCAAGUUUCGAAGGUGCUGAUUUUCUUAUAAUGAGUAUGGAGAAUGACAAUUAUGUUACAAUACUGGAAAACUCUGUUAACCAGCAAGUCAAGGUGCCUGUAUUCUUUGCCGCAAUUGAAUUACUUCAUGAUGAAUUACCUUUCAAUAUGGCAUCAAAGUUACUCCAGUUAGGUGCAUGUGGUAUUGUCAUCACUUUGGGUGAUAUGAAGCUAUCCAGUGAUGAUAUUCUGAAGGCAUUUUCUAAAGAAGAUGUGGUGAGUAGAGUCUCACAAGAUGUAUAUGCAAAUUCCAGUAGAAUGGAUGUGGAGGGUGGUAGUGUCAUAAUCAAUGGGAGGAACAGGGUUGCUGGAUUUAUGAAAUUAGGUGACAGAGAGAUAAAGUUGAUUGAAGCUGAAAGGAUGUUGUUACAUGAGGCGGUUGCAGUUGUCAAGAAAGCUGCACCAAUGAUGAAGGAGGUUUCACUUCUUGAGGAUGCUGCUUCUCGUCUCAGUGAGCCCUUUUUGCUGGUUGUUGUGGGUGAAUUUAAUUCUGGGAAAUCUACUGUUAUAAAUGCUCUUCUUGGAAAGAGGUAUCUCAAGGAAGGAGUAGUUCCUACGACAAAUGAGAUCGCUCUGCUUUCACAUUCUGAUAUGGAGUCUAAUCAGCAAGAUCAUUGUGAAAGGCAUCCAGAUGGCCAGCUCAUAUGCUACUUAAAUGCACCAAUACUCAAGGAGAUGAACCUUGUUGAUACACCAGGUACUAAUGUCAUUCUCCAAAGGCAGCAACGCCUUACUGAAGAGUUUGUGCCUCGCGCUGAUUUAGUUCUUUUUGUCAUAUCAUCAGACCGACCACUGACUGAAAGUGAGGUUGCCUUUCUCCUAUAUGUACAGCAGUGGAAGAAAAAAGUUGUGUUUGUAUUAAAUAAACUGGAUCUCUAUCGGAAUGCCAGUGAGCUUGAGGAGGCGACAACAUUUGUUAAAGAGAAUGUGCAGAAGCUACUUAAUAUAGAAGAUGUAAAGUUGUUUCCUGUCGCAGCACGUUCUGCACUGGAAGCAAAGCUUUCUUCAGUUUAUGAUGGAAGAAACUCUGAAGAAGUUUUGCUUAAUGAUCCUGGUUGGAUGAGCAGCAGAUUUUAUGAACUUGAGAACUUCCUCUUUAGUUUCUUGGAUGGAUCGACGGACACUGGAAUGGAGAGAGUGAGGCUAAAGCUUGAAACACCAAUUGGAAUUGCCGACCGUUUACUGACUUCUUGUGAUAGAUUAAUGAAGAAGGAAUAUGAGAAUGCCAGUGAGGACUUGAUAUCAAUCAAGGAAGUUGUUAGCAGUGUAAAAGAGUAUGCUGUGAAGAUGGAAGGUGAGAGCAUUUCAUGGAAGAAACAGAUUAUAUCUCUGAUUGAGACAGCAAAAGCCCAGGUGCUGAAGCUUUUAGAGUCCACUCUUCGGUUGUCAAAUAUUGAUCUGAUUUCGACAUAUGCUUUCAAAGGAGAGACAUCCAGUUCUGUCCCUGCCACUUUGGCCGUUCAAAAUGAAAUUAUUAGUCCAGCUCUUUCUGAUGCCCAAAGAUUACUUUGGGAUUAUUCAAAAUGGUUACAGUCUAAGAUUGCUGAUGAAGGGAAGCUGUAUAUGGAAUGCUUCAACAAACAAUGUCAGGCUUUAGGCAAUGUGAAGGGAAUGGGUCUUUCAGAACCAUAUGGACUCCUUGUUAAUGAAGAGGAGCUCUGUAUGAAGGUGAUAGAAAAGUUCAAUGCUAGCACUGCUGCAAGACUUAUCGAAAAAGAAGUUCGUGAAGUGGUUUUAGGAACUUUUGGUGGGCUAGGGGCAGCAGGACUUUCUGCUUCUCUCCUGACAUCUGUACUACCAACCACAGUGGAAGAUCUUAUUGCUCUUUCUUUUUGUUCUGCUGGCGGGUGGUUAGCAAUAUCAAAAUUUCCUGCCCGUCGUAAGGAUGCGAUAGAGAAAGUGAGAAGGGUGGCUGAUAGUUUAACACGCGAAAUUGAAGAUGCCAUGCAGAAGGAUCUCCAGCAUAGCACUGAGAAACUAACUCAUUUUGUCGAGAUCAUCAGCAAGCCUUACCAAGAGGCUGCUCAGCACAGAAUGGAUCGAUUGCUUAUGACUCAAGGUGAGUUGACACAUGUUGCGCAAAAACUCCAAGCUUUGAAAGUUGAGAUCCAGAAUCUUCAUGUAUCUUGAAGCAGUUCUACACUCAAAACUCUGCAUAAUAAUAUCUAUUGUUUCGAUUUUGAGGUCCAUGAAUUUUGUGGGCAUUGGUUGCUUUUUUCGGUGUAUGUCACCGAAGAAAAGAGUUAUUGUUAUGCAACGGCAAGUAGUGUUCUAGUUUGUGGUGCACCAUGUUAAAGGAUAGCGCAUUCAUGACAGGAUUGUUGUAGCAUUAAGUUCUAUCUUUUCAAUUUAUCUUUGUGUAAUUUUGCUUGCUCCGUGUAAUCUUUGACCAUACUUUACUGCCCAGAAAAACAAGUCAUUUCAUUGAAAAUGUACAUUUUUUUUUGUUUAUAUUCCUAUUAUUCAAGUAUCUUGUGUUUGAUGCA